GGCGAUAGCUGCAAUGAACGAGCUGGAGAGGAAGCCCGCGCCUCAGUGACGUUCGUUCUCCAUCAGGGAUCUUUGUUUUGCAUCGCUUCCCAAUUUGCAUUUGUUUCUCAGGUUUUCCAUACGACGCUCCAGCCGCCGACAAGCCCCGAGAGCGCAAAGGCGCAUUCCUCCGCGAUCCAUUCGCCUCUCCAGCGUUGGGAAAUUUGGAGUAACUGACUCGAGCUCGAACCGAACGAAGGCAAUCACAUGCGUUCGCCUCGCGUCCUCGCCAUCCACUCGCGGAGACACGUGCGAUAGAGGUAAACAGCCGAGAGACUCGCUCCGCAAAAUUCACCUCGCGCUAUCGAUUCAACAACAGAUACAGUAGCCGCUGUCGGUUCAUACAGCAUGUCGGAUGUAUUACCGUAUAACGAGGACAAAAUGACUCAUUAUGGCAACGACGGGGACGAGGAACACCUUUCCUUCACCUGCCGCCUCCAAGACACCAACAACUUUUUCGGUGGCAACCAGAAUAAACGACCACCAAAGCUGGGGCAGAUCGGGAGAAGCAAAAGAGUCAUGGAGGAAGACAACGAUGGCGAAGCACUGGACAAGAGCUCAGAGAAGUCCUCUUCGGCGUGAACGGACCCAAAGACUCUUAACCUCUCUGAUGUGUAUAUCCAAAGACGUUGUGAAGAGGCACUCUCUCCCAUCUGGCGACAAGCUCUCCAUGCAUUCUCCUCUCAAUCUCCCAAACUCCAUUGUCCAGGGUUUACAGCGUGAACCGGCGGUCUGGAAGAGCGGCCCUGGGGCUUGAAGGAAUACUGUGUUUUCCAAACUACACUCCGAGAUAUGUGCAAUGACAGGGUUCGGUCUCAUUAGAGACCGGAUUCUUCUCUUUUUGUUUUUGGUUCUAAUGAAGCAAUUCGAUAGACUGAGCAAACAGUACCAUUAACAUCAAACCAGUAUCUUCCCACUUAACCCAGUAGCCCACUGGUGGUGUUAAUGGUAUACUAGCAAUGUCCACCUUUUCUUCCAAGAGUGGACCUCCAAAGAGGUUCCACUACGUAUGUAAAAAAAAAAAAAAUGCUAUUUAUUAAAUCUUUGGAUACAUAUUUUGCAGUGUUGAAGGUUGAGCAACCGUUUUAUAUAGUGGAACGAUGACGAGAAGUGACUUUUGCUUUGGAUAAAUGUUUUGUAUGUAGCUUAACUGUGAUUCUCGUGAUCUGCUUCGUUUCAUUUCAUUCAUUUGAUGUUCGGUUCGAUCUGGAAUGUCAGUUUAAGGACAGUAACCUUAUUAUCGUAACGCAUAUUAACUGUAGAUGUGCCAAAUUUAUCCUGACAAGAAACGUAUCUUUCUGUGCUUUCUUCACAUGCACAGGUUUAUUAAUAUUUGGUGGUCAUGUUUACAGGGCUCUUUCAUACUACUUGUGAUGUAUUCUAGUCAUGCAUGACGAACCUCAAGACCUCAAGAACGUCUUCUUGAAUAUAUUACGUAUUUAUCUCACAGAACAUUUCUACAGAAUAUCUGUUAUAAUAAAGAUUUUGAGAAACGUUCCAAACGUUUUUUUUUUCCUUCCUGACACAUCUCUAAUGCUCCGUUUAGCCCGGUUAAAUCUGUGCACGCGCUCAAAUCCAGGGGACGUGACAUUUCCGCCUCUCCCACCAGCUUUAAAUGAUUCAUGGUUUGGGAUGAGCGUUGUCAAAGCGCACCGUUUUAAAUCCAGUCCGCCGAGGAAUCACGUGGCGCGUCGGAGCAAAUAUGAUCUGCAAACUGUACAAGGGAGUUUUCAAGAGCUUCUCCUGCUAGUCUGGAGGUAACUGUCAUUAGAAACACUGGCUGGAUGGAUGGGCUGCCAUGGAAACAGAUUCAACCCUCCUGAAAUUUCCAUUGUGUCCACUAGGGAAACCACAGCAGAGGAUCUGGCAACGUGGAGGAGAAUUACAUCCUUAUAUUGUAUCGCUGUGGCACUGAGCCCUAUAUAGUAGGCUUGGCUUAUAAGAGUCAUCCCUCUCUAGUGCCUUUUACCUGUUCAGCACUAUGCCAAAAUGAAAAGGCAUCCUAAAAAAGGCAUUCGAGGACACUUGCUACACCAAACUUUUCCUAAAAAGCAAAAAGCAGUCUGAGGUUCUGCUAUGAAGCAGUGAGUUCAGAUUGUGACAUUGUGUGUUAAGAAAAUGUUACAAAUCCCAAGGAAGACCACAGGAUGUAAUAACGUUAGCUCACGUCAGAACGCGUUACAUAACGCAGUCGGCGCUGUGUGGUGGCACAGCCUGGUGUUUGUUUGGUAGAGACAUGCAAAUAAUCUGGCUCCUGCUGCAAUUUGCAUUUUGCUUCUAUGUUUCGCUUUGGUUUCGGCGGGGGGCUCCGGGCUUGGGUUUCAUGGGAGUGCUCCGGCCGAAGACACAAUAUAACUCACACAUGUUGAAAUGGAUGCCUGCAGAGGCAUGAUCAGAAUAGGGAAAUUUCGUGGUGGGUUUGGAAAUGGAAGCUGUGGAAGGGUUCUGGAAUUGUGAGACUUCAUUUUAUGGACGGGUUGCUGUAAUUAGUCGAGUAUUUGGAACGUUUGAGCUGCUGACGUAGAUUGUUCAGAAGCUGAAACCAACUUUCACAUUUGUUUUUAUGCUAAUGGAACUACUUUUUUAUCCAUGUUUGCCUGUCGCCAUAGUGUCUAGUGUCUAACCACCAGAAUUU